AUCAAAGAGGACGAAUAUUCUAAUGGAACAAUAAUUAUCAAUUACACGAGAAUGACAGUCUUGACUUUCUCCUUCAUUUGAAAUUAAAUACAAGUAGUUUUUUCAAUCGUGUUUCAAAUUUUUUUAAAAAAUGGAUAUAGUGACUCGAUUCAAAACUUUCAAAGCUAAAGAAUGCUGUUGUGGUUGUACUUUGCGAACAGGAACAUUGAUUUUGUUGUGGAUGAUUCUGAUUCUCAACAGUUUGGAUGCAAUCUAUUACUUGAGUCAAUUAUUAUACAAAAGCGGCGUUGUUACUUUUAUGACAUUUCGUGCAGCCUACCUGUUCGUCUCUUGUAUUACUGGUGUAAUAGUUUCUUUGUUCGGAAUAUUUGGCAUUCAAAAGAAUAUUCCAAAAUAUCUGUCAUACAGUUAUUAUUACAUCCUUUACGACGUGGCUUUUCUCUUUAUGUGUGCAAUAGUCGCUUUGGUCAAACCAACUUGGCACCGAUAUUACAUUUUGGCUGAUAAAUAUGCGCUCAGUGCGCCGGGAGGAGGCGAGUUUACGGUCAUAAUUAUUAUUGUAUAUUUUUUCGCAGGAGGGCUCUUAUCAUAUUUCGCCAUUAUUGUGAGAAGCUGUCGAGAUGCCAUGGAAAAGAACCCAACCAGAGCUAGAGGCCAAUUCAAUGGUAUGCCAGAUCCAGCAGCUGCUGGUUACAAUGUGGCCUAAAUUACUCCAAAAAGAUGAUCAGAAUGAAGCAAAAAUUAUGUACCUACUGCUUAUCUUCUUUACAUUUUUCAACCAUAGAAUAUUUUACCUAUCAUCUUAGAUAGUGACUGAUCUAUCUAUCUAUUAAAAUAUAUAUUAGGUUCCUAUACCUACUUACUCGUAAAAUUAAUAAAUGCAUACCUAUA